AAUUUUCUGUUAAAAUAGUUUCAAAAUUACAGUAUAAAAAUGUUUCAAGUCUUACUUUUCCAAAUAGAUGAGGAGCGUGAUAUUGGAAAUAACCCUUUACACAUUCAGCUUUAUCAAAGAGCACUCUCCAGAGGUUUUGAAACAGAUAACACUGUAAGGGUGAACGUAGUUGGAAACUUUGCACAAGGGAAAACCUCCUUAACACAAUCACUUGUUGGAAAGACGUGUCCAACUGUUCAAAGCACAAAUGGAGUAGAAAUCAAUCACUGCAAAUAUUUUGAAGUAAAUGGUGAUGUGACGUUAUUCCAAACAACUACGCCACAUGAUAUGGACAUUAUCGAUCGCAUUGCUGAAGUCGCUAAGAAUGAGGAGCCAACAGAGAAUUCUUUAGAACUUCAAGAACGCGCAUCACAGUCUGAAAAUAAAGAAGUUAUUGACAGUGCAUCACGAAUUUUGUAUAGAAAAACACAAGCGGAAAGCACUGAUAAUACUAGAAAAAAUACAAAAUCAUCUUUGACACCGAAAGAAGUACAGAAAUUUUCGACUCUCCUGACAUCUAAACAAUUUGCGCGUGGUGUAGAUGGAAAUUUUGAAAUAUGGGAUUUUGGUGGCCAGUUUGUCUUCUAUGCUACUCACACCAUAUUCCACAGCAAUCGUGCUGUGUAUUUAUUGGUUUUUGACUUAUCAAAACCAUUGUCGAUGGUCGUAUUAGAUACUGAAUAUCCUAUGGAAACAGGUGACAAAACAAUGGAACAUUUCAUUAAGUUUUGGAUGAACUCCAUUCAUUCAUAUGUCGGGUCAAACGACGGUUCAAAUCCGCCGGUUAUUCUUGUCGGAACGCAUAAAGAUAAAUUAUUAGGAACGGAAAAUGAAAAAAAUCAAUAUGCAGAAGAAUAUUUUGAAAAAAUAAGAACAUUGUUUGAAAACACACCUGUUAUCAAUCAUAUUCAUAAAAAAGAUUUUGUAGUCAAUAGCACUGAUCCCGACGACAAGGAAAUUGAAGAAUUGCGAAAGGCAAUAAUACAUAUUAGAAAACAUUCUAAACUCAAAGUUCCUGCAAGAUGGAUUGCCCUUGAAAAAGAAUUAGUACAGAUAAGAUACAAGAAGAUAAUUCCAUUCAGCAAAGUGGUGGAAAUCGAUUCACAAAAUGAUUUCCCGCUAAAGGAAGAAGAAGAAAUCAAGUUGUUCCUACUGUAUCACCACAGGAAAGGCACAUUGUUUUUCUUUGACGAAGAACCGAUAUCACGAUACGUUGUACUUGAUACACAAUUCCUCAUUGAUGCGUUCAGGUGUAUUGUGACAUCAGAGAGAUUUUGCAGAAAGGAACCACAAUAUCGCAGUCUUUGGAAGCUUUUGCAAAAAGAAGCAAAGCUGACAAUGGAGCUAAUUGAGAAAUGUUUCGAUUCCAAUAGUGAGUUAUCCAAAUUUAAGAAUGAAAUUUUGAUGUUUAUGCAAAGGCAUUACAUCAUAUCUGAAGUUUCAAGUUUCGAUGAGAUAACUUGGAAAUAUAAUCCUCUCGGUUGGUAUAUUGUCCCUAUUUUUCUAAGAAACCACAGUGACAACAAGACACUUAAAGAGUUCCUUUCAGGAAAGAAACAGACAACCUUAAGGUUUCUGAUGGCAUUUCAAUACUCCCCUGUUGUACAAAUUGUAUACUGUUGUCUCAUUGCUGCUAUGGUAGCAAAGUGGUCAGUUGUCCAAAUAGGCGUAUCAAAACAAAGAAAGGAGUUAUUGCUGUACGAAAAUUUAGGAGUCUUUAGAUUGGACAGCCAAAAUGCUGGAGUUGUUGAACUACAGCAGAACAGAAUUGAGAUGCGUGUAAUUAACCUUUGCACAUCUCAAAAUGUGAACAAUACAGCAGACAAGUUCAGACGCUUUGCAGAGUCAGUGGUCAUCAGUGAAUUCAAUAAACUACGAGAGUCAUCCACAUUCCAAGAUAAGCCUUUCCAGACAUGUUUUAGGUGCAACAAUGAAAGUCAUGGUCUAAAUGGAAGUCAGGAAAUCUUUCAAUUGGAAAACCUUAAAGGUAAAAGCAUUGAACCCUGCCUUGAUAUGCCAGUCAAUCACGUAAUACACACUCAGCAGGCACUUUCCGAAUGGUUCGAAGAAAUCUCUACGAUAGGACUAACAGAAGACUGUCAGUUAAAUGAGAAACAAUUGAGCAAAAUAGCACAAUCAAUUGGUUACAACUGGGAACUCCUUGGAAGUGAACUUGAUUUGAACAUGGGCGAAAUCGAUCACAUAUCAAUGGACAAUAACACUAGCAGAAUGAGGAUCUUCAAAAUGCUGUUGAAAUGGAAAGCUAAGCAGCAAGAAAAUGCCACCGUCAAUACUCUUUUACAAGCUAUGAAAUCAACAAAGUCACUUACCGUUGAAUGGGAUGAAGUGAUGAAUAUUGUUGAGCAAAUAGCAUCAACAAAAGAGAAAUAAUCACACGUCUUUGAAUGAGUCAUCUGCACUAUAUGAUUCAAGAAAAAUAAGUACAACAUUCAAGUUUCGACGUUAUGAUUCAACAAGACUGCUGCGUAGCAUAUUGAAUAUGCAACAAAACUGAUAAAACCAUGUGCUACUUUCUUUUUCAAUAAAUUAGAAUCAAAGUUAUAACGUUUCAUAUUUGGUGCAAAUACUGUGUGGAAUUCAUCAACUGCAACAACCAAUGUAAUUCAAAUAUUAUUUUGUAUUUGUCCGUUGGUUUCACAUUCACAUAUAAAACAAACAAGUAAACUAAAACAAGCAUUGAUUAAAGGGGCGUCCUUGGCCGAGUGGUUAAGGUCGUUGACUUCAAACCACUUGCCCCUUACCGCUGUGGGUUCGAAUCCCGACUGGGAAUUUGAAUAGUCUCAUGUGAGGAAGCUAUCCAGCUAGCUUACGGAACGUUAGUGGUUAUACUCAGGUACCCGUUCGCGUACCUAAAAUAAAGCACGGAACGGCACCUGAUAUCUUCAUCCACAAGAAAAGCUGGAACGUCGCCAUAUGACCUAUAAAGUGUAGGUGUGACGUUAACCUCAAUUAAACAAACAAUAAACAAGCAUUGAUGUAUAUAAUUUAUAUAAUUCUAGGUAUAAUUGAACAAAAUAAUUGUACUUGUGUAAAUUUAACACUGAGAAUGAUUUCAACACAUUCAAAUUGAUACCGAGAAUAUUGAUAGAAACUAUAUGUGUACAAUAUGAAUAUUUACGGACACUUGUUGUUUAUGUCCUUAUCACACUUAUUAUUUUGUUUAUAUCCCCGAAAUGUUUUCAAAAUACAUCAGUAUUUUACCUCCCCUUUGAAAAAUAUUCAAAGAUGAUAUCUAGCAAAGUGAAAAAAGCAGACUCAUUCUUGUUUUACGAUAUUUAAUCAAAAUUGUAAGUUUCUCAAUACCAAGGAAUAAAACCAAUUAUUAAAUAUACCUAUAAGUUUUAUCACGAAAAUACAUGCAAUUCAUGAAGCACAAAUAUGACGAAUUCAGGCAUGGUAACAUUUGCAAAAAUUUCGUUUGCACCUGCCAAUUAUUAAUUUUAUUACUAUAAACUAUGCUUAUAGCCAACUCAUAUUCAAAAUUUGGUCAUUAUAUCAAAAAAUUCGUCUUAGCAUAUAACAGAUAAGUUCCAUAUAGCAGAAGUUUUCAUAGGGAACCAAGUCUUUAUAACGAACUUAAUGUCUACAAUCAUCUCCCUUUUCUGAUUAAGAUAUAUUUGUAUAACUCAUUUGGUCAUUAUUAUCUCAUUUUCAUUAACUUUUCUUACAUAGAAAAAGUACGUAUUAAAUGAUUCGACUGUUACUUUAAAUGACCAGCAUGAUGUAGAAAAUGUAUUCAUAAACAACGCCAAUUAAAAUGAAUAGUUAUACUUAAAAAGUACUUAUACAUAUAUAACAUGAUGUACAUAGAUAAAUAUCAGGGUUCAAUUUCGGAUAUAUUUUACUGGUAUUUUUUAAUACAUUAACAUUGCUUUUAAGAUCACCUGAGGCCCACCCAUUGUCCGUCGUCCAUCGUCCGUCAGUCCGUGCUUCAACAACUUUUUAAACAACUUCUUCUCCUAAACCACUUUGACAAAUCUGUUGAAACUUUGCAUAAAUGGUCCUUGCAUAAAUUUUUACCAAUGUUGUUCCAAAAAUUGUAUUCGAUAAAGACCUCUGGUUGCCAUGGCAACAAAAAACAACAACAACAAACAACUUCAAAUAUCUUCUUUUAAAAAUCCAAAAAGCUAUAGCUUAGACCAUCUUCUAGUGAGUGUUCACAGAGUUUGUUAAAAUUGUAGCCCUUAGGUCAAAAUUGACCCCGCUCCCUGGGAGCGGGAGGGGGACGGUAAUUGAUUUUCAUAAUAUAUGUAAAGUAAAAACUAAAAAUAAUCUGAAGAACUAGAGCUUAGAUAUUUAGCAUGAUACAUCUUCUAGUAAGUAUCUUCCAUGUUUUUUCAAAUCAAAGCCCUUGGUAUGAAAUUGGCCCCGUCCCUGCGUGUAAUUGAUUUUUUCAAAUAUGUCUAUAUCUAAAAAAAUCUUCUUUUUAAAAAUCUCAAAGAGAAAGAGCUUGGAUAUUAAGCAUGGAACAUCUUCUAAUUGGUGUCUUCCAAGUUUGUUCUAAUAAAAGCGCUGGGAUAAAAAUUUGCAUGAAACAUCUUAUUUUAGGUGUCUACCAAGAAUGUGAAAAUGAAGGCACUGGGGUCAAAAUUGUCCCGCCGGGAGGAGGGGGGGGGGGGCAUUAAUUUUCCUUUUAUGUACAUAGUAAAAACUUGACAAGAAUCUUCUAUUAAAAAUCCCAUAGAGCUAAUUAGAUAUGAAGCAUGUAUAAUAUUAUUAUGUGUGUAUACCAUGUUUGCUCAAAUAAAUGCCCUGGGGUCAAAAUUAAUCACUACAAAGAGAGUUAUAGAUUCUCCUUAUACAUGUUUGUAUAUAUAUUGUGUAGUAAAAAAUAAAAUCUUCUCUUAAAAAGCCAAAAUGCUAGAGGUUGGAUUUUAAGCAUGAAAAAUCUUCUUUUGGAUGACUAUUUAUUCAAAAGCCCUGGAGUCAAAAUUGGCCCCGCCCCAGGUGUUCAUUGAUUUUUCUUAUAUGUACACAUCUUUUGGAACUGUUGUUUUCCCUUAGAAAGAGCAACCAGUAAUGCUUUUACACAUGCUCUUUUUCAGUUAAAACUAUGUAAUUUGUGACAUCAGUUUUAGAUUUAGAUUUUAUAUCUGCUUUGUUAAUAGAAUACAAUUUUUCUUGUUCCUAAUUAUGGAGAGUUUUAUAUUCGUUUGAGCUAUUUCAGGGCCAUUGUGAUUCUCUUAGAUAUUAACAACUCUUAAAAUUACUUGCCGUUGCUAUAGCGGUGAUUAAAAUUUGAAAAUAUCAGUGACAAAUUGCAUAACCGAGUAUUUGUAUAUGAAAACUAUGUACAUGAAGUUCCCUUUUGUUUGUAAAACGUAGUUUCUUAUAACCAGAAAUUUGCUCAAACAGUACUUGCUAUAAGUGAUGUUUACUGUACAUUUUAUUCUCUUAAAAUGUUAGGUAUGAAAUAUAUGUAUGAUAGUUUCGAACAGUAAUUUUUCUGAGAUUUUGUAUUUUGCUACGGACAGCGUCGACAAUCCAUGUAUAUUGCGAGAUAUUGUUCAGUUUUCUUGCUUAUAUUUCUCUACUGUUUAUUUUUCUUUAAAUAUGAAGGCAUUUCCUUUUGUAAGCCUCCACCUUCAAUCAUUUUAGCAUUUAAAGCCAUGCAAGUUUGCGGCAGUGUCUGUUUAUUUCAUUUAUUUGUUAAUGUAACAAAAUGCUUAAUCAAAUGAAAUAAUAAUGCAUUCGUUAAAAGAGAAAUUGAAUAAGUAUUUAAACGCAAUAUUUGCUAACAUUGAAAGAAUAUUUAUGUGCUAAUUUUCAAUGAUGACUUUUUGAAGAUCUUUUCAUAUUUAGUGAAUACAUGUACAGAAUUGUGCCUUUGUAAAACGUAACAGAUAACUGUAUCUGUUUCAUGUAUUAAAAUGAAAGUCCUCCUUACGCUCAAUGUAAAUAACAAUUUAAAGAAAUAUUUUAAUGAUUUCGUUGUGAGUUUUAAUGAGUGUUUAAUGUGUAAUCAUUUGUUCACUGUGACAAAGGAUUUUGUUUUUUUUACAUAGCUAGCACGCAUUGUAAUGUAGCAUCAUUUAUCAUUAUACAGUUGCAUUGUUUGUCGAGGUCAAUGUAUAGUUUGAUUUAUUUGUAACUCGAUUUUAUCUCCCCAAAAGUCACUAUUCAAGUUCGAAGGAAUAUUUACCAACCUCAGCAUAAGUUUUAAAUAAAAUAUUAUUGAACACCUAGCCUUUAGAUUUUUUCAAAUGAAAACGAAUUAUAGACUUAAUUUUACCAGAUACAAAUCCUUUAGAAAAUUUAAUUUCUAGUGGUCAUCACUGGUAGAAUCCUUUGAACAGAUACUUACAUUAAAUGAAAUACACACUUUUAUUCUACUGUUUCCAUUUUCAUGUUUUAAUUGUUAUAGAAAAGUAACAUCAUGUUCUAGCUUUGUCGACAUCAUCAUAUUAAUACUUUUUUGAAACUAAAUAGUAUGUAAAAAAUGCGGGUUUUGCAAAUAGUUCUUCUUUAACCCAAUGGAUAAAGACUAAAAAAAUAGCAUAUAUAUAUUCAGACAAAAUGCUUAUUAAGAUCAAUUUUGUCAUGCUAAAUCUUAUAUUUCAAAUAUAUUCCAUAAAUUUUGUAACAUUUAUAAAUUUAAAAUAAAAUAUGAUGUAAAAUUAAAGUAAGUAAAAGCUUUUUUAUCACUUUUUUAAAAAAUCAUUACUUCAUAGAAAAUUAAGAAAUGAAUAACAAUUCAUGUAAAGGAUGUAAAAGUCGUAGAUGCUCAAAUUAAAAAAAAAAUAUUGUUGAAGGAUAUAAUUUACGUGUUACAGUAGAUUGUACCUCACAACAUGUUAUAAUUCUUUUUAUAUGUAAGAAAUGUUAGGUAUUGUAUGUUUGUUAAACUUAACAAAAUACUUUCAAGCGUACGAAUAAUCAUACAUUUGACAUUAAGAUUUUCAUUGAGCCUUCUUAUUUUUCCUAAUGUUGCAAUUCAAUUUAUAGUAUUGAUCAUUUUAGCAGUUUUUUUAUUCAUGCCUAUUGAUAAAGUUAAGUGUGAUAUGAGCAAAUAAUGGAGAGAAGCAUACUUGAUUCACAAACUUAAUGUUAUGCAUAAAGCAUAGAUUUAUAAAUAUUAUACGAUGUAAAAAUAUGUUAUAUAUCUGUCAACUGUCUUUUAUUCCAACUGUUUCUUUUAUUGUUUGUGUGUCAUAUUGUAUCUUGCAUGAUCCGAAUGUUUGUUUGUCGCUGUUAUUUUUUUGCUGAUGUUUUAUCAUUGAUAUUCACCCAUUUAUACAUUUAGAUUGAAUAUCAUUGUACCAUAUUUGAAUACUUUCCAGAUAUAUUUUCCGUUGCAAACGACGUCACGUUUUGUCAUGAUUCCGGCGUUUCGUCAUUACCUGAUUUAAUGAUAUCAUUUGCAUGUAGGCUGUGGCUGAAGCGUAUGUAAUAAAUUAAUAAGAAAACGGAGAUGAAUCGAUAUUUAAAGAAUUUAAUAAUAAUAUAACAAAAACACUAUUUUUACUAUUAUAGCAGGUUAUUAUGAAUCAAGUAUCGUCAUUAACGACCAAAUGUUCAUAUUUAAACGGUUACAGACACUUUAUAUUUCAUCUUUUAUUUUGACCUAACAUUAUCAUGUUAUACUUUAUAGAUAAGAUUAAUCUUUUUUUAAAAAUCUAACAAACCCCAAAAGUAAAUUUGCGUCAAUUUUUAAACUGAUCGGAUGAGGGGUUUGUUUCUGAGAUUUAUAUUAUUGUUUAUUUUAGUGUAUUGUUAUAUUUAUUCUCAACCCUUAGGUUUCGAUAUAGAUCGUUUUUUUAUUAUUUUUGAUUGAAGCAUGCGGAAAAAUUUGUUAUAAUAUUUGUAUAGCGUUUUGUCCUUUAAAGCAUCUUUUUUAUAUAAAAAAUACUGGUGUCCACAUGAUAACUUUUGAAGAAUUUCAUUUUUUUUGCUUUUAUUUGAUAUAUAGAUCUGUUAUGUCAAAACAAGUUAAGUUUGUUUUCGCAACAAUAAAGUAUAAUGGAUAUAGUUAUAUCCCUUUGAAAGCAAAUUAUUGGGUUCCGCAUGAUUACCUUUAAAUGAUUUCAACUUUUUAGUUGAUAUUUGGUAUGAAUGUAUGUUAUGUCUUUUCACGGGUCAAGUUUAAUUUAUCUACGUUUUUAACCAAUAUAUGCCACUUAAUAUGCAAACAAGUAUGUUCCGUUGACUUCUAUUGCUUAUAUGCUUUUGCCUCAAAACGAUUUAUUUUUGUUGCCAUGCUUUUUUCGUUUCCUGUUAGUUUGUGUUUGACGAAUGGAAAGCAAAUGUAAAUUCAUAAUAAAAAAUUGCUUUUAAAUUAUAUAAGUUUUUGUGAAAGUCAUUUGUCUUGUAUUUCGGAGGUUUAACACGAGCAUAUACCACUUAUAGGGAAGAGAUGUUUGAAUGAAAUGAUAAUUAAAAAACGUUUUAGAAUUUUAUUCUGUCUGAGAAAGAAAAAUAUGUAUCACCACUUAUACAAUGCUUGAUAUACUGCUGUUCACAAUUCAUUUUUGUAUUGGUUGUUAUUUGUAAUGUAAAUACUACUUUUUACUUUAUGCAUUAUACAACCCUAACUAUUUAGUCCUUGGACCCAUCCUGCAGUCUGACCGAACACUGUACUGUUUUUUAUCAUUGUAUUCGAAUGCCUUUAUUUUAAUUGGCUACUCAAAACUAACAGCACAACAAAUCUAUGGUAAAAUGCAGCAGUUGAUGAAUUCAUUAUGUCACUUUGUACAUACUUCUUAUGAUUGUUAAUCAAAGUGCCUUUAUAGACAAAGUUUGUAUGUGAGUUUAACAAUUUAUUUUUUCAUUUUUCUUGAAUAUAUGAAAUAUUUAUAAACUUUUUGUUUUCAAUCAUAAUUCAUGUUUCUUUUGUCAGUUGAAAAUGUAGAUUGAACUUGUAUAUAUGUGUGGUAUUUUUAAAUGCAUGACAUUUUUUAUUGUGUUAGCUGUACAUCAAAAGCGUUCUUCAUCUGUCUAAAUAAAUAAAUACAUAUUUAC